CUGGCAACAAGUUUUGUUAAUAUUUCAUUUGUGUUCCGAUUUGGUGAUAGAGCUGUGGCAAAUUUAAAUUUUGAUCAACUUUGAAACAACGAUAAUUAUUUUUAGUUUUGAUAUUUUUUUUCGAUUUUAAUAAACUACCUCAAUCUAAACAAUGUCUGAUGAAGAAUUACCUAAGGGAUGGGAAAAGCGUACGAGCCGAUCAACUGGACAAGCUUACUAUUUGAAUUUGUAUACAAAAGAAAGCCGUUGGGAAAAACCAACUAAACCAGCUGAACAAGGGCCUUCUAGUGAGGAAAGUGUUGAUAAAGUUCAGUGCAGUCAUUUAUUGGUUAAGCAUAGAGAUUCAAGGCGUCCUUCAUCUUGGAGAGAGGAGAACAUUACAAGAUCCAAAGAAGAAGCUUUGAAAAUUAUUGAAGAUUUUCAGGAUCAAAUGGAGACUGGUAAAGCUAAUUUUAAAGACUUGGCUUCUAAAUAUAGCGACUGCAGCUCUGCUAAAAGGGGUGGAGAUCUUGGACCAUUUGGCAGAGGAGCCAUGCAAAAACCUUUUGAAGAUGCUUCCUUUGCUUUGAAGAUUGGUGAAAUGAGUGCUCCAGUGUUCACUGAUUCUGGUGUGCAUCUAAUUAUGAGAACUGCAUAAAUUCUUGUCCUUUCAUUAAUGUAAAAAUAAAUGUUCAAUUACUGUUAUUGUUAAAGUAUUACUAUAAUGAUACUCUAUGUAUGUUGGAAUUAGCAAUAAAAGAAGUUGUUUUAUAA